CCAUUAUUAUAUAGUAGAAAAACAGUGAACGUGCUCCUUCUUUGUCUGGAUGCCUCUAACUAAACUUCACGUUUUGAGAGGCCAUGAUUAGAGCUCUCUGUUUUUUUUUGGUCCUUGAAAUCUUUCUUUUUUAGCCUUCACAGUCCUGAGACAGACCCAUUUUAAAGAGAGAGAAACAGAAAGACUACUUUGAAAUUUGAGCUUUAUUUUUCCCAUCUUUUGAGAGCCAUGCUUGUCUCUUGAGAAUUGAGAAUUCUUCUUUUUGAGUUCUUGGUCUCUCUCUCUUUAUACUAUAGAAAUGGGAUUUCAGUGAUUGAGCGAAGAAAGUCCACACUCCACAGUAGGAGAUGUGUUCACCUGCUCAUGCUUUCAGAUGUUUUAAUCCGCAAAACAAUGCUGUGCUGUGAUAAUAAUUUACUUAUAGUUUAGCAGUACCCUUUUGCUUUCUACAUCAGAAAAAAGUGUCUGAAAAACAGCCGGUACUUUAAGAAAGUGUGCUUAUAUAUAUGUAUGUAAGUGUGUGACUUCUCGAGGUUCUUUUUUAGCUUAGAUAUGAGAUGGGUAAAGAGGAAACAAGAGGAAGAAGAAGCAAAGAAGUUGAUUUGGUGCUGAUGGGUGGGAAUUUGAAGAUGCAGAGCCACCACUCUGUGGCUGUGAGGUUGAAUGAGCAAACGGGGACUAAAAAGGGUUACACUUUUGUUCAAGCCUACAGGGCUUGGUUCCCAAAACUUUUUAUACUUUGGAUCAUUGUGAUGUUUUUCUUGAGCAUGUCAAUCUACAAUUACAUGGAUGCUGAUAACAAAGUGAGAAGGGUAGAAGUUCUUGGUAGUAUGUGUGAUCAGAGGGCAAGAAUGUUGCAAGAUCAAUUCAGUGUUAGCGUUAAUCAUGUGCACGCCCUUGCAAUCCUUGUUUCCACAUUCCAUUACUACAAAAACCCAUCAGCAAUUGAUCAGGAAACUUUUGCUGAAUACACUGCCAGAACUGCCUUUGAGAGGCCUCUUCUAAGUGGGGUGGCCUAUGCACAAAGAGUGCUUGAUUCGGAUAGGGAAAAUUUUGAGAGGCAACAUGGCUGGACGAUAAAGACAAUGGAGAGGGAACCCUCCCCUGUCCGAGAUGAGUAUGCACCUGUAAUUUUCUCGCAGGAAACGGUCUCUUACAUUGAAUCACUUGACAUGAUGUCUGGGGAGGAGGACAGAGAAAACAUUUUGAGAGCUAGGGCUACUGGAAAAGCUGUUCUAACCAGUCCUUUCAGGCUGCUGGGUUCUCAUCAUCUUGGUGUUGUGUUGACUUUCCCUGUUUACAAAUCCAAGCUCCCUCCAAACCCAACUGUGGAGGAGCGCAUUGCAGCUGCGGCUGGGUACCUUGGUGGAGCCUUUGAUGUUGAGUCCCUAGUGGAGAAUUUGCUUGGGCAACUUGCUGGGAAUCAGGCCAUUUUGGUUUAUGUAUAUGAUGUCACAAACACUUCUGAUCCCCUAAUCAUGUAUGGUCACCAAUAUCAAGAUGGUGACACAUCUCUUAUGCAUGAAAGCAAGCUUGACUUUGGAGAUCCUUUCCGAAAACAUCAGAUGAUAUGUAGGUAUCAUCAGAAGGCACCCACGUCAUGGACGGCGCUUAACACUGCAUUCUUAUUCUUUGUGAUUGGUUUUUUAGUUGGCUAUAUCUUAUAUGGAGCAGCAAUGCACAUUGUUAAAGUUGAGGAUGAUUUCCAUGAAAUGGAGGAAUUAAAAGUUCGAGCAGAAGCUGCCGAUGUUGCCAAGUCCCAGUUUCUUGCUACUGUUUCUCAUGAAAUUAGAACACCCAUGAAUGGAAUCCUUGGCAUGCUUGCGUUGCUUUUAGAUACAUCUUUAAAUUCAACCCAGAGGGACUAUGCUCGAACUGCUCAAGCUUGUGGAAAGGCACUGAUAACAUUAAUUAAUGAGGUCCUUGACCGGGCAAAGAUUGAUGCUGGCAAGUUAGAGUUGGAAGAAGUUCCAUUUGGCAUUCGAUCGAUACUAGAUGAUGUCCUGUCUUUAUUUUCUGAAAAUUCUAGAAAUAAGGGUAUAGAGCUAGCAGUGUUUGUUUCCGAUAAAGUUCCAGAUAUAUUUAUGGGGGAUCCAGGGAGAUUCAGACAGAUAAUUACAAAUCUUGUAGGCAACUCUAUUAAAUUCACUGAACGAGGACAUAUUUUUGUCAAAGUCCAUCUAGCUGAGUCCUCAAAGGUCUUGAUAAAUAGAAAAUCAGAGACUUACUUGAACGGAGGAUCAGAUGAAGGUGUACUGACAUCCGACGGGUGUCAGUUUAAAACCUUAAGUGGAUGUGAAGCAGCUGAUGACCGGAAUAGUUGGGAUAUGUUUCAGCAUCUGCUUGCUGAUGAAGAAUACAGAACUGAUGUUUCAAGUAAUCUGACUGCCACUAAUGAAGCUUUGGAGCAUGUCACUUUGAUGGUAUCUGUGGAGGAUACGGGAAUCGGUAUACCAUUAUGUGCCCAGGAACGUGUUUUUAUGCCCUUCAUGCAGGCAGACAGUUCAACCUCUAGAAAUUAUGGGGGAACUGGUAUUGGCUUGAGCAUCAGUAAGUGUCUGGUUGAACUGAUGGGUGGUCAGAUAAACUUCAUAAGUCGACCUAAAGUUGGGAGCACAUUUUCUUUCACGGCUAAUUUUCGGACGUGCAAAAAAAAUGCAUUUAGUGAUUUGAAAAAACCUAAUUCUGAGGAUCUACCUUCUGGUUUUAGAGGAUUGAGAGCAAUAGUAGUUGAUGAAAAACUUGUGAGAGCUGCUGUGACAAGAUACCACUUAAAGAGACUUGGAAUCGUGGUAGAAGUUACGAGUAGCAUCACGAUGGCUGUUGCUUUAUGUGGAAGAAAUGGUUCUUCGACAUCCGGAAAUAUCAUCCAGCCAGACAUAAUUCUAGUUGAGAAGGAUUCAUGGGUUUCGGGUGAAGGCGAUCUUAAUAUACAGAAAUUGGACUGGAAACAGAACGCGAACGGGCAUAUAUUUAAGUUUCCUAAGAUGAUCCUUCUUGCAACCAAUAUUGGUGAUGCUGAAUUGGAUAAGGCAAGGGCAGCAGGUUUUGCAGAUACUGUGAUUAUGAAACCUUUGAGGGCUAGUAUGGUGGCUGCAUGUCUUCAACAGGUGCUGGGCAUAGGAAAGAAGAGGCAACAGGGGAGGGAAGUGCCCAAUGGAUGCAAUUUCCUUCAAAGCCUGCUUUGUGGAAAGAAAAUUUUGGUUGUUGAUGACAAUAGGGUAAACAGGAGAGUUGCUGAAGGUGCACUAAAGAAGUUUGGAGCUCAUGUAGAGUGUGUUGAGAGUGGCAAAGCUGCAUUGGCAUUGCUUCAACUACCACACAAUUUUGAUGCUUGCUUCAUGGAUAUCCAAAUGCCGGAAAUGGAUGGGUUUGAGGCAACCCGUCGAAUCCGGCAGAUGGAGAGCAAGGCAAAUGUGGAGAUGAAUGGAGGAUUUGAAGGCCUUGCAAGAAAGGGUGAUUGGCAUGUGCCAAUAUUAGCUAUGACAGCUGAUGUUAUUCAUGCCACCUAUGAUGAGUGCCUAAAGUGUGGCAUGGAUGGUUACGUCUCAAAGCCCUUUGAGGAAGAGAACCUCUAUCAAGCCGUUGCCAAGUUCUUCAAAUCUAAACCAGGCUCAGAUUCAUGACAAAGAUUGUCCACUCCUUGACAUAAGCUGGAAAAUCAAAGUCUGCAGACAUCUUGGUUGGUUGGUUGGUUGGUCUGGUGUCACCACCAGCAAUUUUUCGAUAUUCUGCUGGUGUAAGUGUGUUCCUGCAGCGAACGGCAACAGUUGGUCCUAUAAUUUUGAUGAUUCUUAAAGAACCAUUUCUAACCAACUCCCAACUUUUAACUUGAUUAGCAUCCACGUACAUGUAUACCACAGAGCCUCCUCCAUUCCCACUUGUAUGUAUAGGAUCCUUAGAAGGGGAAGAAGCAAAAUUGUGUAAAUCUUAUAUACUUUUUGUAUGCCUUGUUCGAGUUCAUCUUUCUUCUGAGGAAAAGGUUCGAAUACCUUGAUUUGUAUCAUUCUUACAAAACAAAGUGUCAUGAAUGGACACCUGUUUACGUUUUCACCUUCUGGGAAUGUAAUGAAAUAUUCUCUUGUACUU